UAAACUUCUUUAGAAACAAAUAAUAAUUAUAUUAUUUACAAAUUAUUUCAUUGUAAUAUUAUACUGUGUUUCUCACAUUACAAUAAAUAUAAGUUAUUGUCAUUUCCUUAUCAACACUAGGUACUACUACUAACCACACUCACCACAGUCACCUCACUAACCGCACAGAACGCGGUAAAAUACACAUAAAAUAAUAACAUAAUAUUAUUUUUUAAAUAUUAUAUAGAUAAUAUAAAACACUAUUUAAAGUUUAAAAAGUACCUCAACAAGUACUGGCUUAAACAUAUUGUAAAGUUAAUACAUUCUAAUCGAUCACAAUCAGAAAAGCAUAGUUACCAAAUAAUUGUAUGAAAAACUAAUAGAAGCUGAUUGAAGACCGAUAAGCGAAAAAUGGAGAAGAACUCUUACCUGUGUGACGUAUGUGACAAGUCAUUCAGCCAAAUUGGAAAUUUGAUGAUACAUCGACGUACGCACACUGGCGAAAAACCUUACGCAUGCGAUAUAUGCGACAAGUCGUUUGCUGUAAGUGACAGUUUAACGAAACACAAACGCACACACACUGGUGAAAAACCGUACGCAUGCGAUGUAUGCGACAAAUCUUUCUCUCAAAGUUGCAGUUUAACGAACCAUAAACGCACACACACUGGCGAAAAACCUUAUGCAUGCGAUAUAUGCGACAAGUCGUUCGCUAUAAGUAAUAAUUUAACGAACCACCAACGAACACACACUGGCGAAAAACCGUACGCAUGCGAUAUAUGCGACAAAUCUUUCUCUCAAAGUAGCAAUUUAACGAACCACCAACGAACACACACUGGCGAAAAACCGUACGCAUGCGAUAUAUGCGACAAAUCUUUCUCUCAAAGUAGCAAUUUAACGAAACACCAACGAACACACACUGGCGAAAAACCGUACGCAUGCGAUAUAUGCGACAAGUCGUUUGCUGUAAGUGACAGUUUAACGAAACACAAACGCACACACACAGGAGAAAAACCUUACGCAUGCGAUAUAUGCGACAAGUCGUUCGCUAUAAGUAAUAAUUUAACGAACCACCAACGAACACACACUGGCGAAAAACCGUACGCAUGCGAUAUAUGCGACAAGUCGUUUGCUGUAAGUGACAGUUUAACGAAACACAAACGCACACACACAGGAGAAAAACCUUACGCAUGUGAUAUAUGCGACAAGUCGUUCAGUGAAAAUACCAAUUUGACAAAGCAUCAACGCACACACACAGGUGAAAAACCGUACGCAUGCGAUAUAUGCGACAAGUCGUUCUCUACGAGUAGCAGUUUGACGACACAUCGACGUACGCAUAUUAGCGAAAAACCAUAUGUAUGCGAUGUAUGCGACAAAUCUUUCUCUCAAAGUGGCAAUUUAACGAACCACAAACGCACACACACUGGCGAAAAACCUUACGCAUGCGAUAUAUGCGACAAGUCGUUCGCUGUAAGUGGCAGUUUGACGAACCAUCGACGUACGCACACUGUUAAAAUGGAGCUCAGAACUUCUCUAUAAAAUGAGAAACCACAAUAAAUGUUUAUUAUUCAUUAAACUU